CACAUCUCUAGUUACCCAUUACCCGCAGAUAUUCUAAAAUUCAGUGACAUUUUACAUAAGUUUCAUAAUUUUCACGUUUGUUUGUAAUUGAAUUUGGUUUUUUGUGAAUUCUGAAAUAAAAUGCGCAUAACACAACUGCUGCGAUCAAAACUAAAAGAGUUUUCUAACUUUCCAAAGGAGUAUAUUGAGAGAAGUAAAAAACAAAUAUACUAUGAGACCCCCAAAGGUGUUCCUCAAUAUCUAAAUCGCACAGUAGAACGGAAGCGUUUCCGUUAUACCACAAAUCGUCCCUGGACGGGACAUUUCCGACAACAAAAUAUGCCCGGAACUGUUCGCAAAAAAGUAUUUGUAACACCAGUAGAAGAAUGGAGCUACUUCCGAGGUGAUCGCAUCGAAGUGCUUGUGGGAAAAGAUAAGGGCAAACAUGGCUUAGUUAGCCAAGUUAUACCAGAACGAAAUUGGGUAAUAGUCGAUGGCAUAAACUGGCAUUAUCGUACUGUGGGAGCCGAGGGCGAUUUUCCUGGUAUUCUGAUAAGAUCAGAAGCCCCAUUAGAUGUGACUAAGGAUAUUCGUUUGGUUGAUCCGUCAGAUCUGCAAGGCUGUGAGUUUGAGUGGCGUUAUACCGAAGACGGUGAAAAGGUGCGUGUAUCCAUACGUACUGGCCGCAUAAUACCCGUCCCUGAAUCAAACAAUCAUACACACGACUACAAGGCAAAGACAGGUUACGUCGAAAGAGAAGGCAAAGAUACACCAGCUACUGUUAUUAAGGAAAUUACCUUCCAACCAAAACUCUGUACUUUCGAAAUGGAUAUUAUGGAAGAAAUGGGCAUAGAGGAGGAGCGUAUUCCUAAAAAAUCAUUUUGGUAUUAAGUUUGAAGAACACACGCGAUAGUCAUAAUUGUUAUAAAAAAAUAUGUUAAUCUAUUUAACAAUUUCUAAUUACAAAUAAAACAAUGUAAAACAA